UGACAGUCUAACGAUUACACGUGUCGAGGCAAAACAAAUAAUUAAGAUGAGCGUGUAGGCUCACGUGUCAUGUCAACAUGCCUCGUGUUCAAGCAUAUAAAUUAAAAAUCAAUUAUGAUCCUAAACCUUCAAAUUGAUUUAAUCAAGAACCAUAAACCAAUUUAUUCAAGCUAUCUAGUUAAAUCCAUUCAAGAACCCCAAACUCCCAAAUUAAAAAAAAUAAAAACCCAUUUUUCAUACUAGAUAGACUGGAUUUUCCCAAAUAUACAAAACAUAACUCCCUAAACAAAUCUUAAGGUAAACGUAAUUUCCUACUUUCUACUUGGGCAAUUUUCUUGUACACCUCCUUACUUUUUCCGGUGCGAUUGCUAACGGAGAUUCAUCGUUGCUUACUUCGAUAGCCUGUAAUGGAAAUGGAUGAGAAGUUGCAUGGCUUUGUAGUUGGCUCUGUUCCCACAGUGAUAUACAUCCCUGAAUUCAUUAACGAUUCUGAACAAACACAGCUUUUAAAUCAUAUCUAUCAAGCACCUAUUUCAAAGUGGAAAACACUUAAAAAUCGGAGGUUACAGAAUUGGGGGGGUGUAGUUCAUGAGAAGGGUCUUAUUAGUCAAGACUUGCCUCCUUGGCUGACCAAGAUAACACAAAGGAUACAUGAAGAGCUUGGAAUUUUUCCCGCCGCCCCUAAUCAUGUUCUCAUCAAUGAAUACCAGCCUGAUCAAGGCAUAAUGCCUCAUCAAGAUGGACCAGCUUACUUUCCAGCUGCAUCAAUCUUGUCUCUCAAGUCACCUGUGGUAAUGAAUUUCACUCCUCAUCUAAAAUUAUCUGAAUGCGGUGGUACAGCUGAAUCUGAAGCUAUUCCACAAAAUUCUGAACAAUCCACAGUACCAUUGAACAGCCACAAUAGCUUUUCUCUUUUGCUGAUGCCUCGGAGUCUAUUGAUAUUUAAGGAUCUUGCAUACUCGGAUUACUUGCAUGGCAUUGAAGAUAAUGCAGUUCAACCUUUUGAUGGGGCUGUGAAUCUUACCGAAGCUGUGAAGGAUUCUGGAUUUAAUGAUCUUUUGCCAAGACUCACUUGUGCAGAGGAAUCUAGUUCAGGAGACGCCAAGACUUUAUGUCGAACAGCCAAACGAGUUUCAUUGACAUGCCGGUUGGUAUUGAAGGUUCGAAAAAAUUUGAUCAGGAUUUAGGUGAAGGUUGCUAGUUAACAAAUAUAGUUUAGGUUAAGCUAGGAGACUGAAAAUUGAUGAGGCUUUGAGCUACAACAAAUUAAGAAUAAUUAAUCCCCAAAAAAAUGUUUUUGGUGGGUUUUGAUCUAAUUUGGGGAUGAACCCUUGAGUUGUUGAUUGAUUUUGGAUUCUGUGGAAAAUUGAUCAUUUGAGGAAGAUAUACUACUGUGUUGUUGACAACAUGUAUAUUAUUAUUUGUUGAUUAAAUUAUAAUAC